AUGACUGUCACUUUGAAAGGCAACCAAAAAUAUAGUCGUGAAAAUGCACGAAUGACACUUCCAUGGAGUCCAUGGAUCCGUGCGCCUUUAGUCAAUGGUACAGUAGCUUGGUGCCCGGUUGAGUCGAUUGAACGGGGUCCGGAAAUUUGUACCCAAUCUCCAAUGAGUCAUUUCAGUAUGUCUCACUGUGAGUCUGAUGGACAAAACACGCCCUUCACUCAGCUUCGAUUGACCAACACUCCACACCUCUAUCUGUUGACUGUCAGUCCCAAAUAUUUGGUCAUGUUCACAAAGUUCCGUUAUGACCAAGGUCGUGUCGACGGCCGGUGGCUUAGUUCGAACAGAUUGGCUACGAUUGGAUCUAGCCGACCCACUAAGCGAAGCGAGUCUGUCGAAAGGGAAGACGAUUCGGAUGCGCGGAAGAAGGCCAAGGCGGCGGCCACCGUCGCACGAAAAUGGCAGGAGCGGUAUCAUAGCAUUUGCGACACCUGCUUUGAUCAAGUGCAAGAGUGUGUGCAUUGCCCCGACACGCCCUUGCGUUUGCUCAUUGUGGGGCACAACCCUUCAGACCAUGCAUGGCAAAGUGGCUAUUCCUACAGCAACCCCACGAAUCGCAUGUGGAAGUUACUUGCAGGGGAGUACUUCAAGACAACGUGGACAGGCGUCCUCCCUCCUGGCUGGACCAUGGCGGACCAAAACAAGAUGCCUCAUGUGUUGGGCAUUGGGUUCUCGGACCUUGGGAUUGAGCCCGGCAACGACGCGUCUACGUAUGGCCGUAAAACGAUGACAGAGUGGAAGCACGCGUUUUACAUCCGCUUGCGCCGGCAUUUGCAUCGCGUGGCGGCCACUUUGCACCGAGUAGAUGACGCAUCCAGUUGUUCCAACGAAUACCAGCACGGACCCCUGCUUGUGGCAUUUUCAGGAAAGCGGCAAUACUCGUUCCUCUUUGACCCCCCAUCCAAGCGUGCGAUCCCAAACGGCAAGCAAGACCCCUCGACGUUGCCACGGGACUGGCCACUGCCUCCGUCGUGCGAAGUGUGGGUGUUACCAAGUUCGAGUGGCCGAGCGGCGAUGUCUGAAGCCCAGCGGUGCCAGCCGUACAUGGACUUGGCAGCGAGAUUCCAUCAGCUCGAGUCAUCCGACCGUGCCCCCAACUUCGUUUGCGAUGCAAUUCCUACCCCAGAUGUCCCUUGUUCCGAUGAAGCGAUAAUUUGA